UGGAGAGAGCCCGUAGGCCGGGCGCCGGCGCCCCAGCCCCGGGGCGAGCCGAGAACGCAGGGUCGCUCACCAUUGGCGGGCAGAGCGCAGGCGCGUUUCCUCAGUCCCGGCGAAUGUUUUGGGAGAGUGUUUGCCUCGGAAGGCGCGUGAUAUUUGUGCGCAUGGGCAGAGUGCGCCGCGCCGCUAAGCCGGACUUCUUCCUCCGGAGUGGCACGCUACGCGGUCGCGCGGCGUUUGAACCGGAAGCGGGAGGGAGAGUGCGAGUAACGGGGCUGUCGCCGCUAGACGAGGCGUGGGGAGCGCGGAGCUGGGCUGCAGCUACCGCCACCUCCAGGAAAGGAUUGGUGUUUUUUCCAGGAAAUGCUGAAUCAUGAGUCUUGCACUUAGUAACCUGCUUAUUUGUUGCCGACGACUGGAAAAUGAUAGAGCUACAGAACGAAGGAAAGAAGUUGAAACCUUUAAGCGCCUGAUUCGGGAUCCUGAAACAAUUCAAGAUUUAGAUAGGCAUUCAGAUUCCAAACAAGGAAAAUACCUAAAUUGGGACGCUGUUUUCAGAUUUUUACAGAAAUAUAUUCAGAAAGAAACAGAAAGUCUAAGAACUGCAAAACCAAAUGUAUCAGUCUCAACACAAACCUCCAGACAGAAAAAGAUGCAAGAAAUCAGUAGUUUGGUCAGAUAUUUCAUCAAAUGUGCAAAUAAAAGAGGACCUAGGCUAAAAUGUCAAGAGCUCUUAAAUUACAUCAUAGACACAGUGAAAGAUUCAUCUCACGGUGUUAUUUAUGGAUCUGAUUGUAGCAAAAUACUGCUGAAAGACAUUCUGUCCAUGAGGAAAUACUGGUGUGAAAUAUCGCAGCAACAGUGGCUAGAACUGUUCUUUGUGUACUUCCAGCUGUAUCUCAAGCCUUCACAAGACAUUAAUAGAGUUUUAGUGGCUAGAAUAAUUCAUGAUGUUACCAAAGGAUGCUGUUCACAAACGGAUGGAUUAAAUUCCAAAUCUUUAGAUUUUUUUUCUGAGGCUAUUCAGUAUGCAAGACAAGAAAAAAAAUUUGCAGGUCUAAAUUAUAUCUUGGCAGCCCUUAUUAUCUUCCUCAAGACUUUGGUUGUUAACUUUCGAAUGCGAGUGUGUGAACUAGGAGAUGCAAUUCUUCCUACAUUAUUGUAUAUUUGGACUCAGCCUAUACUUAAUGAUUCCUUAAAAGGAGUAAUUAUUGAAUUUUUUCAGUUGCAAAUGUCUGUCCAUCACCCGGGAGGAGCCAAAUCACAUGAAAAAGGUGCUUAUAAAUCAGCAAAAUGGCAAAGUAUUGUAUACAACCUAUAUGAUCUGCUAGUGAAUGAGAUAAGUGAUAUCGGAAGGAGAGGAAAAUACUCUGCAGGACCUCGUAACAUUACUGUCAAGGAAAAUCUGAUUGAAUUGAUGGCAGAUAUCUGUCACCAGAUUUUUGAUGAAGAUACUAGAUCCUUGGAAAUUCCUCAGUCUUACAGUACUACACAAAGGGAAUCCAGUGAUUACAAUGUGCCUUGCAAAAAAAGGAAAAUUGAAGUAGGCUGGGAAGUACUGAAAGAUCAUCUCCAGAAGUCACAGAAUGACUGUGAUCUUGUGCCUUGGCUGCGGAUUAUAACCCAGUUAAUAGCAAAAUAUCCAGCAAGUUUACCUGACUAUGAGCUGUGUCCGUUACUGAUGAUAUUAUACCAGCUUCUGUGUCAGCAGCGACGAGGAGAGCGCACACCAUAUGUGUUACGAUGCCUUACAGAAAUCGCACUAUGUCAAGGCAAGAAAUCAGACCUAGAAAGCUGUCAGAAGUCGGAUUUGUUGAAACUCUGGAUUAAAAUUUGUUCUGUUACGUUUCGUGGUGUCAAUUCUGUACAGAUCCAAACAGAAAACUUUGGCUUGCUUGGAGCCAUUAUUCAAGGUAGCUUACUUGAGGUUGACAGAGAAUUCUGGAAGCUAUUUACUGGGUCAGCCUGCAAACCUUCAAGUGCUGCAGUAGGCUGUUUGACUUUGGCUCUCACCAGCUGCGUGAUUCCAGAAACAUUAAAAACAGGAACAGAGCAAAAUGUAUGUGAAGUAAAUAGAAGCUUUUCUUUAAAGGAAUCAAUAAUGAGAUGGCUCUUACUCUGUCAGUCAGAGGAUGACUUAGAAGACAAUGAAGAGCUCCCUCCUAUUCUUCAGAGUAAUUUUCCUCAUCUCAUCUUAGAGAAAAUUCUUGUGAGUCUCACUAUGAAAAACUGUAAAGCUGCAAUGGAUUUUUUCCAGAGUAUGCCAGAAUGUGAACACCACCAAAAAGAUAAAGAAGAGCUUUCAUUCUCAGAAGUUGAAGAACUGUUUCUUCAGACAACUUUUGACAAGAUGGAUUUUUUAUGCAUUGUGAAAGAAUGUGCUGUAGAAAAGUAUCAAUCCAGAACUGGCUUUUCUGUCCACCAAAACCUCAGGGAUUCAUUGCAUCGUUAUCUUCUGGGAUUAUCAGAACAACUUCUAAAUAAUUCCUCAGAGAUUACCAAUUCAGAAACCCUUGUCCAGUGUUCAAUUCUUUUGGUGGGCAUUCUUGGCUGCUAUUGUUAUGUGGGUGUCAUAACUGAAGAGGAGGCAUAUAAAUCAGAAUUAUUCCAGAAAGCAAAGUCUUUAAUGCAGUGUGCAGGAGAAAGUAUCUCCCUGUUUAAAAAUAAGACAGAUGAGGAAUCUAGAAUUGGGUCAUUGAGGACUAUGAUGUAUCUAUGUACAAGAUGCUUGUGUAACUGCAGCAAGCAAAAUCCAAAAAAGAUUGCAUCUGACUUUUUCCUACGAUUGUUAACAUCAAAGCUGAUGAAUGACAUUGCAGAUAUUUGUAAAAGUUUAGUAUCCUUUAUCAGAAAGCCAUCUGACUCUGGGGAGGUAAAAUCAGAAGAUGAUACUAAUGAAAAUCUAAAAGAUGUAAAUGGCUCAUCACCUACAGAUCUCUUUCAUGAUUACCCUUCUAGUAGUGCGAAUGAUGCACAUGAUCCUGGAGAGAACCAGACUACCACUGGUGCUAUGAAUCCUUUAGCAGAAGAGAAUCUGUCAAAGCAAGAGCUACUUCUUUUAGACAUGCUCAAGUUCCUGUGUAUGUGUGUGACUACAUCUCAGACUAAGUCGGUGUCCUUCAGAGCUGCUGAUAUUCGGAGAAGGUUACUAAUGCUAAUUGAUUCACUGGAUCUUAAUAAAUCCAUCCACUUACACACGUACUUAGUGCUUUUAAAGAAACUACCUGGAGAACAGUGUCCUAUUCCUGUAGAAGAUGUUGUUGAACUUCUGAAACCACUAUCCACUGUGUGUUCUUUGUAUCGCCGUGACCAAGACGUUUGUAGAAUAAUUUUAAAGCAUGUCCUUCAUGUAGUGACAAACUUAGGUCAAGGUGAUAUGGAUUCAGAGCCUAUGAGAGAGGCACAAGGACAGUUCCUUACAGUGAUUGGAGCAUUUUGGCAUCUGACAAAAGAGAAGAAAUGCACGUUCUCUGUAAGGAUGGCAAUAGUAAAAUGUCUUAGAACUCUGCUUGAGGCUGAUCCUUAUUCAAAAUGGGCUAUUCUUAACGUAAAGGGAGAAGACUUUCCUGUGAAUGAAGUAUUUCCACACUUUCUUGCUGAUGAUAAUCACCAAGUGUGCAUGUUAACUGCCGAAUCGAUUAAUAGAUUGUUUCAGAAUACAAAACAAGAUUCUUCCGUGUUUUUGAAAGCACUUCCUUUGAAGCUUCAGCAAACAGCUUUUGAAAAUGUAUACUUGAAAGCUCGGGAAAGAAUGAGAGAAGUGUCACAUGAUGCUGAGAAUCCUGAACUUUUGGAUGAGACUUACAAUAGAAAAUCUGUUUUCUUGAUGACCACAGCUGUUGUUUUAUACUGUAGUCCUGUCUGUGAAAAACAAGCCUUGUUUGCACUGUGCAAGUCUGUGAAAGAGAAUGGGUUAGAUCCUCACCUUGUAAAAAAGGUUUUAGAGAAAGUUUCUGAAACUUUUGGAUAUAGACAUUUAGAAGACUUCAUGGCUUCUCAUUUAGAUUACCUGGUUUCGGAAUGGCUAAAUCUUCAAGAUACUGCAUGCAGCUUAUCUUCUUUUCCAUUUAUUUUACUAAACUACUCAAAGGUUGAGGAUUUCUAUCGAUCUCAUUAUAAGGUUUUGAUUCCACAUCUGGUGAUUAGAAGUUGUUUUGAGGAAGUGAAGUCCAUUGGUAAUCAGAUUGAAGAGGAUUGGAAAAGGCUUCUCAUAGACUGCUUUCCAAAGAUUCUUGUCAACAUUCUUCCUUAUUUUGCAUAUGAGAAUACUGGAGACAGUUGGAUGGCACAGCAAAGAGAGACUGCUACCAAGGUCUAUGAUAGGCUUAAAGGUGAAAACCUGUUGGGAAAACAGAUUGAUCAUUUAUUCAUUAGUAAUUUACCAGAGAUUGUGGUGGAGUUACUGAUGACAUUACAUGAACCAGAAGAUUCUGGCGCCAGUCAAAGUGUUGACCUCUGUAACUUUUCUGGGGAUUUGGAUCCUGCUCCUAAUCCACCUUAUUUUCCAUCACAUGUUAUUAAAGCAACAUUUGCCUAUAUCAGCAAUUGUCAUAAAACCAAGCGUAAAAGCAUUUUAGAAAUUCUUUCCAAAAGUCCUGAUUCCUAUCAGAAAAUUCUUUUAGCCAUUUGUGAGCAAGCAGCUGAGACAAAUAAUGUGUAUAAGAAACACAGAAUUCUUAAAAUAUAUCAUCUGACUUCCCAUCUUAUGGGUGUGUCACUCAGGAGCUUCUCCCUUUGCUGUGACCUAUUAAGUCAAGUUUGCCGGACAGCAGUGACUCACUGCAAAGAUGCUUUAGAAAGCCAUCUUCAUGUUAUUGUUGGUACACUCAUACCCCUUGUAAGCGAUCAGGUGGAGGUUCAAGAACAGGUAUUGGACUUACUGAAAUACUUGGUGAUAGAUAACAAGGAUAAUGAAAACCUCUAUCUCACAAUUAAGCUUUUAGAUCCUUUUCCUGACCGUGUUGUUUUUAAGGAUUUGCGUAUUACUCAGCAGAAAAUCAAAUACAGCGGAGGAUCCUUUUCACUCUUGGAGGAAAUUAACCAUUUUCUCUCAGUUAGUAUGUAUGAUGCACUUCCGUUGACAAGGCUUGAGGGAUUGAAAGAUCUUCGAAGACAACUGGAACAGCAUAAAGAUCAGAUGAUAAAUCUUAUGAGAGCAUCUCAAGAUAACCCACAGGAUGGCAUUGUGAUAAAGCUAGUUGUCAGCUUGUUGCAGUUAUCAAAGAUGGCUGUAAACCACACUGGUGAAAAAGAAGUUUUAGACGCUGUUGCAAGUUGCCUGGGAGAAGUGGGUCCUAUAGAUUUCUCUACCAUAGCUAUACAACAUGAUAAAGAUAUAUCUUAUACCAAGACCCUAGAGUUAUUUGAAGAUAAAGAACUUCAGUGGACCUUCAUAAUGCUGACCUACCUGAACAACACACUGAUAGAAGAUAGUGUCAGAGUUCGAUUAGCUGCUGUUACCUGUUUGAAAAAUAUUUUAGCCACAAAGACGGGACAUAAUUUCUGGGAGAUUUAUAAGAUGACAACUGAUCCCAUGCUGACCUAUCUACAGCCUUUUAGAACAUCAAGAAAAAAGUUUUUAGAAGUUUCCAAACUUGAUAAAGAAAGUGCUUUAAAAGUCUUGGAUGAUACUAGUCUGUGGAUUCCUCAAAGUGAAAAUCAUGAUACUUGGAUAAAGACAUUGACUUGUGCAAUUUUGGACAGUGGAGGCACAAAAAGUGAAAUUCUUCAAUUAGUAAAGCCAAUGUGUGAAGUGAAAACUGAGUUUUGCUGGACUGUCCUUCCAUACUUGAUUCAUGAUAUUUUACUCCAAGAUACAAAUGAAUCGUGGAGAAAUCUUCUUUCUACACAUGUUCAAGGAUUUUUUACCAGCUGUUUCAGACAUUUGUCACAAGCAAGCCGAUCCACAACCCCUGCGGAUUUGGGUUCAGAGUCAGAGCUCUUUUCCCAAUGCAGUUUGGAUAAAAAAUCACAAAGAACAAUGCUUGCUGUGAUAGACUAUAUGAGAAGACAAAAGAGACCUUCGUCAGGAACAGUUUUUGAAGAUGCUUUCUGGCUGGACUUGAAUUAUCUGGAGGUUGCCAAGGUGGCUCAGUCUUGUGCUGCACACUUUACAGCACUACUCUAUGCAGAGAUCUACGCAGAUAAGAAGAGCAUAGGUGACCAAGAGAAAAGAAAUCCUACAUUUGAAGAAGGAAGCCAAAGUACAAGUAUUUCUAGCUUGAGUGAAAAAAGUAAAGAAGAAACUGGAAUAAGUUUACAGGAUCUUCUCUUAGAAAUCUAUAGAAGUAUAGGAGAACCAGAUAGUCUGUAUGGCUGUGGUGGAGGGAAAAUGUUACAGCCUCUUACAAGACUACGAACAUAUGAACAUGAAGCAAUGUGGGGGAAAGCCUUAGCAACGUAUGACCUUGAGACGGCAAUUUCCUCAUCAACCCGCCAGGCAGGGAUAAUUCAGGCUUUACAAAAUUUGGGACUCUGCCAUAUUCUGUCCAUCUACUUAAAAGGAUUAGAUCAUGAAAAUGCAGAGCAGUGUGCUGAACUUCAGGAACUGUACUACCAAAGUGCCUGGAAGAAUAUGCAGUGGGACCAUUGCAGUUCUGUCAAUAAAGGAGUAGAAGGUUCCAGUUACCAUGAAUCCUUGUACAAUGCUCUGCAGUCUCUAAGAGACCAAGAAUUCUCCACAUUUUUUGAAUGUCUCAGAUAUGCCAGAGUAAAAGAAGUAGAAGAAUUGUGUAAGGACAGCCUUGAAUCUGUGUAUUCACUAUACCCGGCACUUAGUAGAUUACAGGCCAUUGGAGAGCUGGAAAACAUUGGGGAGCUUUUCUCAAGAUCAGACAUGGAUACACAACUCUCUGAAGUAUAUAGUAAGUGGCAGAAACAUUCCCAGCUUCUUAAGGACAGUGAUUUUAGUUUUCAGGAGCCCAUCAUGGCUCUGCGUACAGUCAUGCUGGAGAUCCUCCUGGAAAAGAAAAUGGAGAGCUCUCAGAGAGAAUGUUUUAAGGACAUUCUUACCAAACACCUUGUGCAGUUUUCUAUUAUGGCCCGAACUUUCAAGAACACUCAGCUCCCUGAAAGGGCAAUGUUUCAAAUUAAGCAGUAUAAUUCAACUGUUUGUGGAGUCUGUGAGUGGCAGCUAGAGGAGGCCCAAGUGUUCUGGGCAAAAGAAGAGCAGAGUCUUGCUCUGAGUGCUCUCAAGCAAAUGAUCAAGAAGUUAGAUGCCAGCUGCACAGAGAAUAAUCCAGACCUAAAACUUUUAUACACAGAAUGUCUGAGGGUUUGUGGUACCUGGCUAGCAGAAACAUGCUUAGAAAAUCCCGCAGUCAUCAUACAGACCUACUUAGAAAAGGCAGUGCAGAUUGCUCGAAGUUCCCAUGAAGAAAGCAGUGAUGAGCUCAGAAAUGGAAAAAUGAAGGCAUUUCUUUCAUUAGCAAGGUUCUCUGAUACUCAGUACCAGAGAAUUGAAAACUACAUGAAAUCAUCAGAAUUUGAAAACAAGCAAGCUCUACUGAAAAGGGCCAAAGAGGAAGUGGGUCUCCUAAGAGAACAUAAAGUUCAGACCAACAGAUACACAGUAAAGGUUCAGAGAGAGCUGGAGCUGGAUGAAUGUGCACUCCGUGCCCUGAAAGAGGACCGGGAACGCUUCUUGUGUAAAGCAGUUGAAAAUUACAUCAACUGCUUAUUAAGUGGAGAAGAACAUGAUAUGUGGGUGUUCCGACUUUGUUCCCUGUGGCUUGAAAAUUCUGGAGUUUUUGAAGUUAAUGCCAUGAUGAAGAGAGAUGGAAUGAAGAUUUCGUCAUACAAGUUUUUACGUCUUAUGUACCAACUGGCUGCUAGAAUGGGGACCAGAACAAUGGGAGGUCUGGGAUUUCAUGAAGUCCUCAAUAGUCUCAUCUCUCGAAUUACAAUGGAUCACCCCCAUCAUGCUUUAUUUAUUAUAUUGGCUUUAGCAAAUGCAAACAAAGAUGAAUUUUUGACCAAACCAGAAGCAGCAAAAAGGAGUAGAGUAUCUAAAAAUGCACCUAAACAAAAUUCUCAGCUUGAUGAGGAUCGAACAGAAGCUGCAAAUAAAAUAAUACAUGCUAUCAGAAGUAAGAGACCUCAGAUGGUCAAGAAUGUGGAGGCGCUUUGUGAUGCUUAUAUUAUAUUAGCAAACUUAGAUGCCACUCAGUGGAAGAUGCAGAGAAAAGGCAUCAGUAUUCCAGCAGACCAGCCAAUUAAUAAACUUAAGAAUUUAGAAGAUGUUGUUGUGCCUACUAUGGAAAUUAAGGUGGAUCCCACAGGAGAAUAUGAAAAUCUGGUGACAAUACGAUCAUUUAAAACAGAAUUCCGUUUAGCAGGAGGUUUAAAUUUACCAAAAAUAAUAGACUGCAUAGGUUCUGAUGGCAAGGAAAGGAGACAGCUUGUUAAGGGCCGGGACGACCUGAGACAAGAUGCCGUCAUGCAGCAGGUAUUCCAAAUGUGUAAUACCCUGCUGCAGAGAAACACUGAGACUAGGAAAAGGAAGCUGACCAUCUGCACGUACAAGGUGGUCCCCCUCUCUCAGCGAAGUGGUGUUCUUGAAUGGUGCACAGGAACUGUCCCUAUUGGUGAAUUUCUUGUGAACAAUGAGAACGGUGCUCAUAAAAGAUAUAGGCCAAUGGAUUUCAGUGCCUCUCAAUGCCUAAAGAAAAUGAUGGAUAUACAGAGGAAGUCCUUUGAAGAGAAGUAUGAAACUUUCAUGGAUGUUUGCCAAAAUUUUCAACCAGUUUUCCGUUACUUCUGUAUGGAAAAAUUCCUGGACCCUGCUGUUUGGUUUGAGAAACGGUUGGCUUAUACUCGUAGUGUGGCCACAUCUUCUAUUGUUGGUUACAUCCUGGGCCUUGGUGAUAGACACGUACAGAACAUAUUGAUAAAUGAACAGACAGCAGAACUUGUCCAUAUAGACUUAGGAGUUGCUUUUGAACAGGGUAAAAUCCUUCCUACUCCUGAAACUGUUCCUUUUAGACUCACUAGAGACAUUGUGGAUGGCAUGGGCAUCACCGGUGUUGAGGGUGUCUUCAGAAGAUGCUGCGAGAAAACCAUGGAAGUUAUGAGAAAUUCUCAAGAAACUCUGUUAACCAUUGUAGAGGUCCUCUUGUAUGAUCCUCUCUUUGACUGGACCAUGAAUCCCUUGAAAGCUUUGUAUUUACAGCAGAGGCCUGAAGAUGAAAAUGAGCUCCACUCCACUCCAAAUGCAGAUGACCCACAGUGCAAACGAAAUCUUAGUGACACUGACCAGAGUUUCAACCAAGUAGCUGAACGUGUCUUGAUGAGAUUGCAAGAAAAACUGAAAGGAGUGGAGGAACGCACCGUGCUCAGUGUGGGCGGACAGGUGAAUCUGCUCAUCCAGCAGGCCAUGGAUCCCAAAAAUCUCAGCCGACUCUUCCCAGGAUGGAAAGCAUGGGUGUGAACUUCAGCUUAUGAGUCACUCUUGAAUUUAGUGUUUAGAGAUCAUAUUUCAGCCUUCAUUUUUAACAGUCAUAAAUCAAGGACUAAUAUUUAAGUGAACAGCUAUAUUUUUAAAAAAUACUAGUUGAUUCACAUACCACCCAGAGAUACUUUGACAGUAUUGAAAAGUAUCUCUGCUCUUACAUGUUAGACAUAGUUAUUCAUACUCUACUUCUAGGCAAAAUAUUCAUUUCUUCUCAAGAUCAUAUCUAUUUUUAGUAGAAUCACUGACUUACAUGUUUAUAACAACCCUCAGAGUGAUCCAUCUCCCCAGCCUGAUAGUUCUUUGUUUGGUAUAAAUUAGAAUAAAUAUAUUGAGGGCUGGGGAGAUAGU